CAAGGGCAAAGCCCUGGGCCCGAGGCGACGCCGUUAGUUGGUGGGGACGGAGGGGUGUGGCGCGGGCAGCCACCGUUGGUUGUCUGUCGGCAGGCGAGGGUGGGCCAUGGCGCUACUGCUGUGCCUGGGGCUGACUGCCACGCUCGCCCGUGGCUGCCUUCAUUGCCAUAAUAAUUUCUCUGAGAAGUUCUCCUUCUACCGCCACCACGUGAACCUCAAGUCUUGGUGGGUGGGUGACAUCCCCGUGUCGGGGGCUCUGCUCACCGAUUGGAGCCAGGACACAAUGAGGGAGCUACAUUUGGCCAUCCCGGCGGAAAUCACCCGGGAGAAUCUGGACCAGGUGGCGAGAACUGUGUACCUCAAAAUGGAUCAGCUGUACCAGGGAAAGAUGUACUUCCCUGGGUAUUUCCCUAAUGAGCUGCGAGCCAUCUUCCGCGAGCAGGUGCAACUCAUCCAGAACGCCAUCAUCAAAAGCCGAAUCGACUGUCAGCGUCACUGUGGGAUCUUCCAGUAUGAGACCAUCUCCUGUCACAACUGUUCUAACUCGCACGUCGUCUGCUUUGGCUACAACUGCGAGUCCUCGGCACAGUGGGAGAAUGCUGUGCGGGGCCUUCUUGUUUACAUAUCUAAUUGGCACAAACAGGACACCAGAAUGAGGUCUUUCUCCUCCUGCAUCAUCUCGCCUGGGACACACAGAGCCACCCCAGCCUUCCUGAUAGCACCAAGCAUUUCAUGUCUGGAGCCACAGCACCUGGCCAACUUGACCUUGGAGAAUGCCUCGGAGUGUCUGACCCAGCACUGACAGGAGCUGCCACUCUGGGGACCAGGACUCAGCUGGCCUGAACCCGCCUUCCUCUGCCUUGGGUCCCCUCCAACCCCUAGAGGGGCCAAGCUGGGCUGGUGCAGGGCAGGGUGCGGAUUUGUGUAUAGCAUUAGCUCCAGG